GUUGGCAACUUCCUCAGGGGUGAAGGAAGUUGCCGACGAGCAACGUAACGUGUGGGGUCCAGGUGGGCACCAGCCCAUAUCCUCCUCCAGCUUACCUUACUUACCUGGAUGCAGACCAAACAUCACAAUCAAAUCAGUUCUACCAAAGAAGACCUACAGCCAUUCUUAUGCAUCAUACUCCCUACAACCGCAUUGCUGGUAGUAGGGUUCUGCAUCCUUUUCCUCUAUCGGAAGUGCCGGCGUAAGAUCCCUCAAGGGCAAAUCUUUGCUAUAAGUCUCCAGGAGAAUCUUCCAGACAGAGAAAUGGAUUUCUUCCAUACUUUACCCUGGAGUACAGAGCCUUUUCAUUACUGUACACUGGUACCAGAUGCCUCUUUUCUAACUAUAUGCUUACCUCCCCCAUAUGAAGAAGCAAUCCUAAAGGCAUCAAGUGAUUCAUGUAUCAGCAUCUAUCAGGAUCCAGUGCCUCCAUAUGAAGAAAGACCGCGCAGGUCAAGCAAAUAAUAUUUAGACUUCAGAAUGUACUAUAGUUUCUGCAAAUGGACUUCGGCUGGACCUUGAAGUCCAAGGACAAAAUGGUUAUGUAGCAGCUUCCAAGGGCUUUUUACAAUCUAGAUUGCACAAACUGCAAGUAUCUAAUGUUUUUUUAUUGUGUAAUGAUCAUAUGACAUUAAGACUUAAGCUGCGAUGGUUAUAAUAGCCAAAACAAUGACAACUAUCCUUACUCUGCACACAUGGAUGCU